UUCUGGACAAUGGCGCAAACUCAUAGGAGCCGCGAGCACGAGUCCAUGGUUGAUCACUACCAUAACGUGUCUGGUUUUGAUGACAGUCCAUUUCAAGGCAGCACGGUCGAAUCUCGGUGGCCUGUUGUUGAGGACUCUGGAGAUUCUGACUUUGAGGAUGAUUUUGAAACGAGUAAUCCGGUGACCGAUACAUCAGCUCUUGAAGCCAGACAUGGCAAGGAUAUCCAAGGUAUUCCGUGGGAACGUUUCAAUUUUACCAGAGAGAAUUACCGUGAAACGAGGUUGAAACAAUACAAAAACUAUGAAAGCCUCUCGCGCUCUCGAGAGGAGCUUAAAAAGGACUACAAGGAAGUGGUGAAAGGGCACAGCUUCUUUGACUUCCAGUUCAACACAAGGCUUGUCAAACCAACAAUUGUGCACUUUCAGCUAAGGAACCUCUUGUUGUCAACAUCAAAACAUGAUGUUUAUUUGGUGCAAGACUACUCUUUCAUGCACUGGUCUUCUCUUCUCAGAAGAGGAAAGGAAGUGGUUAAUAUGGCUGGAUCACUUGAGCCAACAAUGAAAUACCCUGGAUCUGUGGGCCAGACACCCUCAAGAGUGCAGCUGUGCUCCAUGACCAUUAAAGACAAUCUAAUGGUGGCAGGUGGUUUUCAAGGAGAGCUCAUCUGCAAGCACCUAAACAAACCUGGCGUUUCCUUUUGCACUAAACUUACAACGGGGGAGAACGCUAUAACUAACACGGUGGACAUUUGCCAUGCACCAAAUGGCUCGGUGAAGGUUAUGGCUGCGAAUAAUGAUGCUCAAGUUAGAGUAUUUGAUGCCAACAACUUCGCCCGUCUUAAUUGUUUCACAUUCCCUUGGUCUGUGAAUAAUAUCUCUGCCAGCCCAGACGGUAAAAUGCUUACUGUAGUUGGAGACGAUCCCGAUUGUCUACUUGCUGAUGCUGAAUCAGGAAAGGUAAUUGCCAACCUUAAAGGUCACCUAGACUAUUCAUUUGCUUCGGCCUGGCACCCAAAUGGUCAAAUUUUUGCCACCGGGAACCAAGACACCACUUGCAGAUUAUGGGACGUCAGGAACCUGUCACGAUCUUUGGCCAUUCUCAAUGGAAGAAUGGGCGCAAUACGUGCAAUCCAAUUCAGUCCAGACGGCCGGUUCUUGGGCAUGGCUGAACCAGCCGAUUUCGUGCACAUAUUCGACACCCAGUCCGACUAUGUCACCUGCCAGGAGAUCGACUUAUUCGGUGAAAUCGCCGGGAUCUCCUUCAGCCCCGACACUGAAGCUCUGUUCAUCGGAAUUUCAGACAGAACAUACGGGAGCUUAAUAGAGUUCAAACGCAGAAACUAUAAUAAUACCUAUCUAGACUUCCUCUAAUGCCGUGGUCCUUUCAACAUGUUAUCAACGUUGCCAUUUUUUUCAAAUCCCCUAGUCUUUCACGCAACCAAUCUCUCAUCAGUGUACGCCACAAAACCAAAGAAAAACUUGCCCAAUCUUAAUUAGAGGCAAGAAAAUUGAAAAGGAUGUGGCCCUUUGUGGGGCAAGGGAGCACAUCACUUGCAAGUGGCUCCAACUGUUAUUGAAAGGCCACCAACCAUAUCUGGACACAUACUUUACGCACACUCCAAAAGUUGCCUACUUUAAAUCUAUUUCUGUAUGGGUCACGUACA